UUUGAUUGGAUGAAGCGCGGGCGCUGAGGCAGGCGAUUGGCUGAGGAGGGGAAGGCGGAAGUGGAGAGGCGGAGACGGGAGAGAUGCAGGUCGCUCCCCAGGAGUACCAGAAUGUGCCCAUCGACAUCCAGACCAGCAAACUGCUGGACUGGCUCGUGGACCGGCGCCACUGCAGCCGGCGCUGGCAGGCGCAGCUGCAGCUGGUCCGGGAGCGGCUCCAGGUGGCCAUCCAGGACAUGCCGGAGAACCCGGAGAUCAAAGAGCUGCUGGAGGGCUCCUACCUGCACUACUUCCACUGCCUGCGGAUCGUGGAGAUCCUCAAGGGUACCGAGGCCUCCACCAAGAACCUCUUCGGGCGCUACUCGUCCCAAAGGAUGAAGGACUGGCAGGAGGUCGUGUCCCUCUACGAGAAGGAGAACACCUACCUGGCCGAGCUCUCGAGCCUCCUGGGGCGCAGCAUCGGCUACGAGGUGCCGGCGCUGCGGCGGCAGCUGGGGCGCUGCCAGCAGGCGCAGCAGGAGCUGGCGCGGCGCGAGGACGAGUGCCAGCUCGGGGCCAGCGAGCUCCGGGAGCGCUUCCUGGCCUCCUGCAGGCAGUACGGGAUCGCCGGUGCCGACGUGCGCCAGGAGCUGCUGGCGCUGGUUCAGGAGCUGCCGUCGCUGCUGUCCCGCAUCGGGGCCGGCGCCAGCGCCCUCGGGGAGGCCAUCGAGCUGUACCAGGCCUGUGUGGCCUUCGUGUGUGACAGCCCCGGGGCCGAGGUGGUCCCGCUGCUGCGCUUUGUGGGGCGCAGUGGGAACACCACGGUGUUCCAGUGGCGCACGGGGCUGCCGCCGCGCCGGGUGGAGCGGCCGGAGCUGCGCCGGACCCCGCAGGAGCCGCCCCAGCAGGACACGAUUGAUUGGGGGGAUUUCCCGGCGGAGGCGCCUCAGGGUGGGGACAUCGACUGGGGGAUCACGGUGGAGUCCAGUCCGCAGGGGGACGAUGGCAUCGAUUGGGGUGACGGGGAGAAGGGGACGAUCACGGUGGAGCCCAGUCCGCAGGGUGACGAUUGGGGUGACGGGGAGAAGGGGACGAUCACGGUGGAGCCCAGUCCGCAGGGCGACGAUGGCAUCGAUUGGGGUGACGGAGAGGGACAGGAGGGGACAAUCACGGUGGUGGAGGCUGGAACUGAGGCCCCCGAGGGGGUCGCCCGCGGCUCGGACGCGCUGACCCUGCUGGAGAACCCCGAGACGCGGAACCAGUUCAUCGACGAGCUGAUGGAGCUGGAGCUGUUCCUGGCGCAGCGGCUGCUGGAGCUGGAGGACGAGGCCGACGUGGUGGCCAUGAGCCAGCUGCAGCUGGCUCCGGCCGUGCUGCAGGGCCAGAGCGGCGACCGCGUGCGGGCCCAGCUGGCCACGGCCCGGGAGCUGCUGGCCCAGCUCUGCUCCCGCAGCGUCCAGCACCUCUGCAUGAUCCUCGCUUCGCCCAGGUACGUGGAGCGGGUGACGGCGCUGCUGCGGCAGAAGCUGCACCAGGCCGAGCUGCUGCUGGCCAAGAGGGACGCGCUGGCCCAGAAGCGCCGCGAGGCGCUGGCCGAGCAGGCGGCCCUGGAGCCCAAACUGCAGCGGCUGCAGGAGAAGACCAGGGAGCUCCAGAAACUGAUCGAGGCCGACAUCUCCAGGCGCUACGGGGGCCGGCCGGUCAACCUGAUGGGCAUCAACCUGUGAGCCCCGAGAGGCAGAGGGGGGGUUCUGCCCCUGCCGCACCCCCUGCCCACCCCUGCCGUGCUGCUGGCUGCGGGCUGGCGGUGAAUAAACCCAAAUUUUCCUCCCAAA